AAUCGGGAUAGGCCUGGCGAAGAUUCAUCGAACGAGAAGGACGCUUAAGAAUCUUUGAUUAGCGAUGAAAUGAUGAAGAAAAUUCUUUCGAAUGGCGUGCCCGACAUCUUUCGUCUGCCGGGUGCCGUUUUGAACUUUGGAACCCAGGGGAACUCUGAACCCAUGCGCAUUAGAUUCGACGAGCAGCUAUGCCACCCCCAAGUUUAUCAAGGGUUUUCAAGGGCCGACGAUCAAGACCCCCCUCCCCUUACAUGGUGAAACAGCACAUUAGUAUAAACUUUGUGGAUUUGUAUAAUCCCGAUCUGCCGUCGUCAUCGGAGAUUUUGAAGAAUCCGUCGGAAGCGGAGUGGCCUCUGAGUUGUAUGGCAGGUCAGCUGAAGUCAAAACCUCCACCCUCAAAAACAAUGGAAUGCCUGAUGUUCGAGGCAUCUUCCUCGAAAGCAGUUGAAACCCAAGAAAAUAGUGCUGUGGAGGGGCUUUUCGACUGGGAUCGGGAGAUCAUCUUUGCAAAUUCGGCGCAGGAGGUUAUCAUUAUACCACUUGCUGUGGACAGCCCUACGUACUCCUCAAUACCGCUGUAA